GCGAGGGAGGGUGUGUGUAGAGAGAGAGAGAGAGCGCGGGAGAAACGGAGAGUGAGAGAGACACACAGACACCAAACUCCGGUGGAAGUCAGAGCAGACUUUUGCCUCAAUGCGCCGAGACUCCGAGACCCGUCAGCUCCAGGGACGCGGCCACCCCAUGCUGCCCCGGGCGAGCAUCGCGAACCCAGGAGAAGUCAACCUGGAGGAGGAACUCUCCUCUCGUCCCGCGCCAGGCUUCGCCGCCCUCAAUCUCACUUUGCCUUUCGCUGCCAUUUCACGAGCGCUCGUCGGUGUCACGAAAGCAGCAGUCGCCGCGUUUUACUUAAACGCCUAAAAGGGAAUUAUCACCAACGUUUCUUUUUUUUAAUACAUUUUCAUCUUAUUCCAAGAACUGUCACGUGCAUCACGCACUCGGUCACAGGACCCGCGGCGCGCACUCGGAGCGCGCGCGUGCGUGCGUGCGUGUGAGAGAGAGAGGGAGAGAGCGAAACAAAACGUCUGUCGCGUUUGAACUUUUCACUGGUGGAGCCGGGAGUGGAGUAGGAGCUGGUGGCUGCGAGGUGGCCCACGGUGCUCGCGUGUAAACCCGAGUGGCUUUUGGGCUCCCGCGCGAGAUUUUUCGCCCAGCGAUGAGCCGGGACCUCCAGCGUUGGCUCCCGCAGGUGUUGCUGUACCUCGGCCUCGUCUACCUGCGCCUUGGGGCCUUGUCGUCCGUGGUGGCGCUGGGGGCUAACGUGAUCUGCAACAAGAUUCCGGGGCUGGCGCCGCGGCAGCGCGCCAUCUGCCAGAGCCGGCCCGACGCGAUCAUCGUGAUCGGCGAGGGGGCCCAGCUCGGCCUCGCCGAGUGCCACUUCCAGUUCCGCCACGGCCGCUGGAACUGCUCGGCGCUGGGCGACACCACGGUGUUUGGACAGGAGCUGCGAGUCGGAAGCCGAGAGGCCGCCUUCACCUACUCGGUGCUGGCCGCCGGCGUCGCCCACGCCGUCACGUCGGCCUGCAGCCGCGGCAACUUAAGCGAGUGCGGCUGCGACCGCCACAAGCAGGGCUUCAGCGAGGCCCUCGGCCUCGCCGGGGAGCGCGACGAGGGCUGGAAAUGGGGCGGUUGCUCGGCCGACAUCCGCUACGGCCUCGACUUCUCGCGAAUAUUCGUGGACGCGCGGGAGAUCAAGCAGAACGCGCGCACGCUCAUGAACCUGCACAACAACGAGGUCGGUAGGAAGGUGCUGGAGGAGCGCAUGAAGCUGGAGUGCAAAUGCCACGGCGUGUCCGGCUCGUGCACGACGCGCACCUGCUGGACCAUGCUGCCGCGCUUCCGCGAGGUGGGCCACGCGCUCAAGGAGAAGUACAACUCGGCCGUUCACGUGGAGCCGGUGCGCGCCAGCCCACACCGGCGGCCCGCCUUCCUCAAGGUGAAGUCGACGCCUAGGAACUAUCGCAAGCCCAUGGAGACCGACCUGGUGUACAUCGACCGCUCGCCGAGCUACUGCGAGGAGGACCCCGCGUCGGGCAGCCUGGGCACGCGGGGUCGGCUCUGCAACCGCACGUCGCCGCACGCCGACGGCUGCGACCUGCUGUGCUGCGGCCGCGGCUACAACACGCACCUGUACACGCGCGCGUGGCAGUGCAACUGCAAGUUCCACUGGUGCUGCUACGUCAAGUGCAAUACCUGCAGCGAGCGAGUGGAGGUGUUCACCUGCAAGUGACGGGGGGGGAGGCGGAGAGACAGAGAAAUCGGGAGAGACAGAGGGGGAGAGAGAGAGAGGCGGUGGCGGUCGGAAGAGAAAGGCGAGGGAAGAGGCGGGCGGGCGAGCGGUGCUAGGAUUAAAGCGGAGUGAGAGACGGGGAGAUGGAGGUUGAGAAGGGCGGUGGAGAGAGACAGAGAGAGAGAGAUAAGACAGAGGGAGGUGCAAGUGGUGGCGGAAGAGAAGGGUAGAGGAGGAGGGCGGUGGCCGUGUGGUUAAAGCGGAGAGAGGCGGGGGAGUUGUGCGUCGCGGACGGGACGCGGAGGAGAUGGGGACGUCGGAGGGGUUGGAGGAGCGGUGGGCAAGUCGUCGACUGGGUGGGAUGGAGCGAGGGAAUUGUGAAUGUUACGACUGGCGGUGGGACUUUGAACGUACGGGGCGAUCAGGGUGCAGCACCAUCAUUGUCGGCAGCAGCAGCAGCAACAGCUGUAGCUGCGUCAAGAUCAUUACCAUUGUCAUAGCUGUUACCAUCAUCAUCAUCAUCAUCGUGAUCAUCCUCAUCAGCAGCAGGAGCAGCAUUAGCAGCCGAUAACGCAAGCCAAGAGACUAUGGACUCCUCUGUCGGACGUGAGGGUGGCGUGCCAGGAGCGCAUGCCUCCUUCGCCCAGGCUAUGGGCUUGAGCAAUAAUUGCUUGAUUAAUUUGAGCAAUAAGGCCACUGUGGGACAAUUUCACUCCCACAUUUUGGGUAUAUCUUUCAUGGAUCCCUCGACCACUCUACAUUGGUGGCGUCGGCCACGUAGGCCCUCACCCCAGCUCCCCUAAUAUAUUAAUAUAUUUUUUAACCAGAAAAGGCCCACUGAGCUAUGUAGUUAUUUUUCAGAAUCGACUUAGCCACACUUGGUAGCUCAACGAAAUGGCAUAUCAUCACGUGGAAAUUUAGAGCAGUCAAAUACUCUUAACUUCACAAUUGUUCCCACACGACUCAGUUCCAUAUUGGUACGAGGUAGAUCAAAAUGAGGGCCACUUUGUCGUAGAGUCCGCAGUGCUUGUGCUAUGAUGAAAUGGCUCAUCCUCGCCAAGAGAAUGGGGAAUUUCCACCACCCGCUAGAGAGGUGAGCCACACAUUGCGUCCUUGUUUGAGUGGUGGUUGGGCCGCUUUGAAGCUGACUUUUUUAAUAAAUGGUAACCACAAAAUAUCUUUUAAAAAAAGGUUAUAAAGAGAGAUAUAUAUUUUCAAUAUACAUAUAAGGGGCGGUCGAAAAUUGUUGACUUCUAUUUACUAGGCGUGCAAGACUGCAUUGGGUUCACCCCUUAAAAAUCAAAUAGUCCGCUCGUGGGUCGUGCAUCAAUUAGUUCGUUGGAAGACGCGAUUAUUUAGAAUUCCUGCAAAUCGUAUGCGAGCUAGAUGCUCGUGCAACAGUUAGGUUAAUGGGACGAACAAAAACUAUACAAACGAGACGGGGGAGAAAGAGUCCCCCCCCCACCCCCACCUCCCUCCACCAAGAAACAACGCGGACGACAACUCACGACCCCCCUACAAGGAAUCAGGGAAACCGAUAGAAUUUCUGCGGGUGGCGAAUUGUCACGUGACUACUAUCGAUGCUCUCGACACGCUUGUAGCCGUACGGAGCAACGUAACGGAGCAAUGGACCGUAACACCACUGCACUAGCGUAUACUGCACCGGCUGUGUGGUGAUAGAAGUAAUGAGGGUGGUGUAGGCACAAAAACGCAAGCAAGAUCCCGGUCUCAUUGCAUUUUUGGGUGGUCGGAUUCAGACCUCCGCCGAACCGGGCUGGAACACGUGGGCGCGAUUGUGUCACCCAACCGGUGAUGGCGGAGACCAUGGAGCGUCUUUGCCGAAACUCGGGACGGAGAGAGGCACCGUCGUCGUGAGGCGGUUUCGGGCCGCGUGAGUUUUGUGCCGGGGGUAUUUUACACGGCUCGUUCUUGAGGUUUGUUUUCGACAGCCCGUUGCUUGCAUGCGUCGAGUGUGUACGUGCACGCACGCGCGUUUUGUGUGUGCGCGUGCGUGUGUGUUUAUAUAAGUUAUAUGGCAGGUUGCACUGGAAUAACGUACCGUACACUUAACCGGAAGAGCGUCUCGAUUCGAUCACUACAAAACUGUAUUUUUUCACAAAUGCCACGAUAUCGUGCGAGUGACACCCGUGUUUGAACUUCUUCAUCAGCACCGGACGUAGCCAACCAUGCUUUGUGCGAUGUCACCAGAGGGCCAAGGGGGUGGCCGUACAGCAGAUCGAACGACUUAGUUGGUAGACUUUUGUAGGCAAUUAAUGAACCCUUUCCCAUUCCGAUUACGUGCAUGUACGUCAUCAGUUUUUCUUCCAAUUCAAUUCCGAUGCCGUACGAUUCCAUUCCAAUGACUUUCGUGCAUGUCAACGGAACGGAAUUGGAAGUAGAAGGCCAUGCGGGAGGAUGUGUGGCUCAGUUUGGCACCAGCCAUCGUAGAGUGCGGUUGUGUCGAUACAGUUCUUUGCGGGUAAGUACAGUACAAGGUCUUUAAAAACAACAGCGCUACGCCUCUCUGAAUAAAAUGAACGCAGGGGCCGCUUGCGCGUUCCGAGCUUUGGCAGUGAACGAGACACCCACCCUGCAGCUUGCAGACGUCUCGGAAGGGUUAAUUGACUGAGCGAGGAGGUCAACUCACAACGAGGUCCAGGCGAUUUCUGUCGCUCACUUGCCCUAAGCCUCACCCAAGUGGUGGCCCUAGGCACAAUCAAACUAAGCGACUGCGUAGGGCCCCAAGUAACACGAAGGCCCUCCAGGUUCGUGAAGAGGGAUCAAACAAAUACCACCAUCAAAUUCAAAUCCUAAUAUUCAAAGUCGCAGAUUGGCAUUAAAGGGGCUAACUUAUCCCUCUCAUUCCUAUAUCGUCUGAAGUCUCUCAUCGAACUUCAUCUUUGUCUCUUGGCUAUACCUCUCUUAUGUCACUACAUCUGUCUUCUAUGCUGAUGAUCUCGAGUCUCUGAUCUCACUACGUCGCUAUCUCUUGUCUAUAUCUCUCCUGUCAUCUCAUUAAGAGUGUAUAUAUCGACCGUAGGGCCCCAAAUGAACUGCACUACUACUGACCCCAACCAUGGACUCUAAAACCACAUUUCCGGCUAUUUAGGGACAACCGUUACAAUUAUUUGAGACUUCUACCAAUUUUUAGGAGUUGUGAAUUUAUAUUUCUCCUGAACGUUCAGUUUGUAUGGAACUGUCAGGCAGUCCCGGUGGAUUGUAAGGCAGUCCAAGUGGAUUAUAAAGCAGUCCAAGUGCAUUGUAAGGCAGUCUUGGUGGAUUGUCAGUCAGUCCGAGUGGAUUGUCAGGCAGUCCGAGUGGAUUGUCACGCAGUCCGAGUGGAUUGUAAGGCAGUCUCGGUGGAUUGUCAGGCAGUCUUGGUGGAUUGUCAGGCAGUCCAAGUGGAUUGUCAGGCAGUCCGAGUGGAUUGUCAGGCAGUCCGAGUGGAUUGUCAGGCAGUCCGAGUGGAUUGUCAGGCAGUCCGAGUGGAUUGUCAGGCAGUGUGGGUGGAUUGUCAGGCAGUCCAAGUGGAUUGUAAGGCAGUCCGAGUGGAUUGUCAGGCAGUCCGAGUGGAUUGUCAGGCAGUGUGGGUGGAUUGUCAGUCAGUCCGAGUGGAUUGUCAGGCAGUCCAAGUGGAUUGUAAGGCAGUCCGAGUGGAUUGUCAGGCAGUCUUGAUGGAUUGUCAGGCAGUGUGGGUGGAUUGUCAGGCAGUCCGAGUGGAUUGUCAGGCAGUCCGAGUGGAUUGUCAGGCAGUCUUGAUGGAUUGUCAGGCAAUCUUGAUGGAUUGUCAGGCAGUCCGAGUGGAUUGUCAGGCAGUGUGGGUGGAUUGUAAGGCAGUGUGGGUGGAUUGUAAGGCAGUGUGGGUGGAUUGCCAGGCAAUCUUCGCAAAAUUGUGGGUAGUGUCGGUGGGCAGUCUGGGAGAAUCGGUGAGACUUCGGGGCCGUCACGGCGACCUGCGCGGAGGCCCAGAAACAGCUCGAAGCAUGUCAGACGAUUCGCACCGAAACCGCCGCGCAGCGGCGCAUUGUGGGCGACAGAGAUUCUACUGAUGAGUGUCAACUACUGACGGAUGGUGAGCGAGUCGACUUGGGGGGGGGGGGGGGGGUGAGCGGGUGGGAGAUGAGCAAUUUCAUUUAGUUCGUCGUCACCGCCGUCCGAUGGGAUUGCCCGCGACCUCAACACGCCGCCCGCCGGCUACCGAGACGACGAAUCUCUCUCUCGCUUUGGUUAUCUCAGCGACGCGCGGCGCGGGGGGAGGGGGGGGGCGCUUUGGCCCUGCCCCGGCGAUUGCGGUUAUUUAUUUAUUUACUUGACGCUAUGCGGCGAUCUCUGCAGAGAAGUGCCGGCGGUGGCGGCGGCGGUGGCGGCGGCGCGUUGGUGGCGCCCCCUGCUCCAGGCCAUGGGAGUGGGAACCGCGCAGAGACCGCACGGAAUUUGUCGCUCGAAUAAAGCGAGGCCAAUGACGACUCCCGACGGCUGCCACCCCCCCACCCCCAACCUGCUGUGCUUUCUUAGCGUAAGCUCUGGUCGUGACUCUUAAUGCAGCCCCAGUACAAGGCUUACACCCUGACCUUAUGAACCCUGAUUGUAAUGCUAAUCAAGCGUAAUGUGAGGCUAAACCAUAGUCCUGACUCUCACCCUAUCCCAGUUUAAUAUGCCACUAAACCAUAGCCCUGACUCUAACCCAGUCUGAUAUGCCUCCUAACCAUAGCCCUGACUCUGACUCUAAUCCUAACCCAGUAUAAAAUUCCACUAAACCACAGCUAUGACCCUGACUUUAACCAUAACCCAGUCUAAAAUUCCACUAAACCAUAGCCCUGACCCUAACUCUCACCCAGUCUAACAUUCCACUAAACCAUAGCCCUGACCCUAACCCAGUCGAACGUUCCACUAAACCAUAGCCCUGACCCUGACUCUCACCCUAACCCAGUCUAACAUUCCACUAAACCAUAGCCUGGAUAAUGACUCACCCGAAUAAGACAUUCAAUGUAAAGCCAAACCAUAGAGCCCCCCUUGACCCCUUACGUCGACGUUGAAUGGGGACGAAUUCGAGGCUAAAUCAAUUCGCAAAAAAAGGUGACGAGACGCAAGAGACGAUGCCAAUUUUUUUUAAUCCGCGAAAAACUGGGACCAAGUUGAAUUUUAACAGAGGCGCAUUUUUAAAUCUCCUAGUCUCUCUUCAUUCGUUUUUUUGUUUUGCCAAAUCGGCAGCGGCGGCGGUGGCUAUUGUGUAUUUUGCAAGCGAGUGUAUAUUUGGCGAGACGUUAUUUUUAUAUUAAAAUAUUUAUUCACACGCA